GAUGAAAUAUCUGCAAUGUGAAUGGAAUAUGGAAUAUUAGCCAUCGCCAUCAGUUUUAAAAAGUUAGGUUGGUGUGUGAUAAAAAUAAAUAAAAAUGGGAAUUAUAGCAAGCAAUACACUGACAAUUUUCACCACUGGUACCUUCGUGGGAAUCGGAGCAACGUAUGCCUAUUUUAUUCUAAAAUGUAAGAACAAACCUAAGGAAGAAGCUUGGAAAAAUGGAAUGGAGGAACGAUAUGAGUUUGAAGAUGCAAAAGAUGAAUAUCGGCUGAUAUUGGGUGUUAGAAAUGACUUGAAAAUGCAAAAAGGAAAAGUAGCAGCCCAAUGUGGUCAUGCAGCUGUAGCGGCAUAUGCAAAAACUCAAAAAGAGCGGCCUAAAAUUUUACCACUCUGGUUAAAAUACGGUGGCACAAAAAUUGCGGUUCGUGUAGACAGUGAAGAAGAGUUACUUUCAUUAUGUAAAAAAGCAAAAGAACUUAAUGUCUUGACAAGUAUUGUAAGAGAUGCUGGACAAACCCAAGUUGCCCCUGGGACUAGAACUGUAAUUGCCAUAGGCCCAGCACCUAAAAUUGGCGAAAGAGAUCUGGAAAAUUUACACACAUUUUUCGGAGAAACAUUAGUUCUGGCCACAGAAUUGGUAGAUAAGUGUAAAAUAAUUGAGUACAAGUUGCAAGAUGGUAUUAGAAACGUAUUUAAAAUAAUCUCUUAUAAUGAUCAAUACACUCUCUACGACAAUAUUAAUUUUUGUCAUUGUAGCUAUUUCCGAUCACAAGUUUUGGAAGCAAGAGGCGCCAUAACGUGUAAACAUGUUUUGGCGGUUCGAUUAGGAAAAAUUAUUGGAAAAACUUCAGAGGAGAUUGUUACACCAUCACAACUGGUAGAUUUUUUAAACGAACAAAUCAAUUAUAUUGGCUAUAAUAAUGAAUAUUGAAAAUUAAAGAUUUUU